GUCACUGUUCUUAUAAGCUCCUUUGUGUUAUUAACAUUUCUUAUCUCGGAUCUCUCUCUCUCUUUCUCUCUCUAAAAUUUUCUCUCUGUGUUUUUUUUUGUUGAGAGAGAGAGAUAUAGAUAUAGAUAUAGAGAGAGAAACAAGUGUGGCUGGCCCAGUAGAUCGAAAAUCUUCUAUUUUUCUUGAACCUGAUGACGAUCUAAGCUUCUUCAAUGGUCUUCCAACAACACCCACUUUGUUUAUUUCUCUAAUUAUUUUUAUUUUUAUAAUGGAAUUUAUUUUUGUUUUUUAGUGUUAUUAGUUACCUUUUUUUGGUUUUAAAUAGUGGGAAUCUAAAAGCCCCUGAAUUCCUUUUUGCUUCUCAUGGUGUUGUUGCUAUUGUCUUCAAUGGUAGAAUCCAUGUGAGAUAUUCUUUUCAACCAAGUGUUAUCAAGAUGUGGCUUUGAGAAAUGGGAACCAAGGUUCAGAAUCUGCCGGGAUAUUACUCGAUGAUGAGAGAUCUUAAUGAGGAAUCCAGUAGCUGUGGUUGGCCGUUAUUUUACAGAGAUAAAACACCGAUAAACGGGAAGUGUUGUGAUGGUUAUCUUCCAAGUGUCGCCACCGAUGCAUGUAAUGUGCAUGAUAAGGAUGUUGUCAAGCGGAUGAUGCUUGAACACGAGGCGGUAUUUAAGAAUCAGGUUUGUGAACUCCACCGCUUAUACAGAAUACAAAGAGAUUUGAUGAGUGAUUUCGAUAGGAAGGAGUUACACAGAAAUCAGAUACCUGCCGAGGCUUCGUUUUCUCAAGUAACAAGUGAGGAUGGAAGAAAAUGGCAUGUUUCUGGCUUUCCUGCGGGAAAUUCGGCUUAUGCUAAAGCAUCUGUUUCAGAUGCUGCAGGUGUUCAUUCUCCUUUAGGUUCUAUUCAAGGAACAAGCAACCGAGCUUGUCCGUUUCCAUCCCCGGAUGGUGGUAUGAUCGAGUCCACCAGACCGUCAAAGGUGAGAAGAAAAAUGUUUGACCUUUCGCUCCCGGCUGAUGAAAAUGUCGAUUCUGACGAAAGUGAUGAAAAGCUCAGUGACGAAAAGACAAGUGCUUCAAGGUUUUUUCUUGCGGAUAAAAGUUGUAAAAUUGGAAAGGGGGAGGAGGAUGGUGGGAAGGCCUGUUGCCGGGACACUUCAACAUCUGAGAAGUCUUUGAUGAGAAGAAAUGGUUUAGCUGAUUUAAACGAACCAGCUCAGGUGGAUGAAACAUAUGAUUCUCCUUAUGUUCGUGUUCCGAGCAAUUCAGUAUCCGCAACUGAAUGUUUGGAUCGGACUACCAGUGCCAAACAAAAGAUGCAGUUUUUUGGUUCGUCUAGGGAACAUUUACUGAACUCGAGCAGUGGAACUGACAUUUGGGCUCGAAAUGAUGGGAAUGAAAAAAGGGGAAUUUCAUCGGUAGCUGAGGCAGGGCAUGCGAAAAGUAACCUACAGCCAGUGUUAAAUGUCUUCAAACCGGAGAAAUCACUUUUAUCUUCUCAAACAAUGCAGCAUACAUACAGCAACGCUCGUGAGCCUGUAUCCAAUUAUUUUGACGGUCGAAGCAAGGCUGAUACAUGGAGGGAAAAGACUGUUAGUGAAAGAAAUCAAGAAUUCUUUGUUGAUAAACAUCCCGAGUCUGUUUUACCUUUAUAUAGGCCUGGUUAUAAUACUCCAUUCGCUCCUUCCUAUGAUUUAUCGAAAUCUUGGUCUCAUUCUGCUGCGUCUUGGGGAAAGGCGAGCUGCAGCCUAAACCAGAAGUUGAUGUCGGUUAAGACGCCUUCAUGUCCAAAUGCGUCUGGUUCCGUCAAUAGGAAUUUGGAAGAGUUUUGGCCUCUAAAUACAAAUUCCAAUCCUAAUCCAAGUAUUCCAUCUGGUGCAUCAUUACUGAACAGAUUUCACCUCGGGUCUUCAUCCGUAUCCAAGGAACCAUCGAUGAACGUGUCCUCCAUUAGUUAUGACUAUCCGAAUCAUAAUAAUGACAAGAAUUCUGGAAAAGGCAUUGACUUAAAUGCGAUUCUUUCAAAUGGGAUAAUGGAAGGGGACGCGUUGUCAUGGCUUAGAGCAAAGACCGCUCGUACGAAUGAAGCAAAAAACACUGAUAGGAGCUCCAUUACUGCAGGAGAGAUGAGUUUUCUUCAGACUGCUUCGUUGUCCGUGAAAGGUGAAGCUGGAAAGGUUACACAUGGUGUAACUUCGGUUUCGUGCUCUAAUACUCUUGAUCAAAGGAGGAUUGAAUUAAGUGAAAGCUCUAGUAAUAAGAAAAUUCUCGGUGUUCCAAUAUUUGAUAUGCCUCGUAGUUCUCCGAAGAAGGAGUUAUCGUCAAUCACUUCUCCCUCGGUUCCAAUUCCUACAAUGUCUGAUGCAAAAGCUACGGAAAAUAAGCACAAAAUCCGGAUGCUUGAUAUCAACCUGCCUUGUGAUGCUAAUGAUCUCGAGUUUGACAAAGAAGGAUUCACCGAAACUGUCGUUAGUAAGACAAGAUCUCCUACAGCGGAAGCAGACUCUAGAAAUCAAAUUGAUCUGAACUUUAGUAUGACCGAGGAUGAAGAAUCACACACAACUCUUCCGAGUGCCGAUACAAAUAUGAAGGCAACGAUAGAUUUGGAAGCCCUCGCUGUUCCCGAGUCAGAGGAGGAUCUCGUUCCAGAAGAAAACAAACUUGAAACUUCUCUAGCAUCACCGCAAGUUCCACAAGACAGUAUUGAACAGCCACAGGAAGAACUUAUGAGAAAUGCGGCAGAAGCAAUUGUUGUCCUUUCAUCGCUUUCCCGUGACCAAGUGGAUCCUGUGAUCAACAAUCCAUCGGUGGAUCCUGAGAUCAACAAUCCAUCGGUGGAUCCAUUGAGUUGGUUUGCGGAUGUUGUUUCCUUGUGUGAAGGUACCGUCAAGAGCAAGUGCGAUAAUUCGAGAGAAAAGGAUGACGAAGAAUUGGAUUAUUUCGAGUACAUGACAUUGAAACUUGAGGAGACCAAAGAAGAAGACUACAUGCCAAAGCCUCUCGUUCCGGAAAACUUCAAAGUGGAAGAAACAACAAGUACUUUACCAACCCGGACGCGAAGAGGGCCUGCAAGGAGAGGAAGGCAGAAGAAAGACUUCCAAAGGGACAUCCUUCCCGGCCUUGUAUCUUUAUCAAGGAAUGAAGUAACUGAAGAUAUUCAGACAUUUGGAGGGAUUAUGAAAUCAACUGGUCAUUCAUGGCAAUCGGGAAGCUCGUCUAGGAAGAGAGGGAGGCCAAGGCGGCAACCGCAGGUUACCCCUUCUCCCUCUCCCUCACCACCGCCUGUGACCACCAACGAAACCAGCACCCCAUUGAUGCAGGAGCUCAAUAACAUCGAAGUGGCGUUGGAAGAAAGGAGCCUAACAGGUUGGGGAAAAACAACUCGAAGGCCUCGCAGACAAAGGUGUCCACCGGCUGGUAAUCAUCCAUUGAUUCCAAUAGCAUAAUCAUCAAAAGAGGCUUAAUUUUUUAAUGAGGAUUCAUAGAAGCAAGCAUUGUUAGGUCCGUAUUUGAUUGAGCACGCAAUGUUCUCAAGCAUGGCGCGAUUUCUCUUGUAAAUUUCUUCGACAUGAAUUCGGGUAUAAGCUUGAUUGUUGUCAGUCUUUGGAUAAUACCAACUCUUGAAUAAUGUUGCAUGAUUUUUUCUGAUUAUAUAUUUUAUAGAACCGUUACUUUGUUGGAUUUUUA